UCCUCUCCUUGGCGGACCAAUAACGCGCAGUCUCUCGUUCCCUCCAUCUCAGCCAGCUGUUUCUUCAGGAAUAAACACCAAACAAGGAGAUUUAUUUAUCAACACUACUAAUUAUUUAUAUCUCGGAGUUUUGGGCUGCUUUCUUUGGGCGUGUCUCAGCUGUUUGUACAUAUAUAUAUUUUUCUCAUCUGGUUGAAUUUCCUCCUGAGAUGGAAGUGAGAUGUCGUCCAGCGGUGAUGUGUUGUGUUCUCGCCAUCCUCUUCUCCGUGGUUCCCCGCUCGCUGGAGUCUUCUUUCGGGGACAGGCAGUACCUGAACGAGUGGGCAGUGGAGAUCCCAGGCGGACUGGCUGCUGCAGAGGCGAUCGCCAGAGAGCUGGACUACCAGCUGGUCCGACAGAUCGGGGCCCUGGAAGACCAUUUCUUGUUCAAACACCGCACUCAUCCUAGCAGAAUGAAACGAAGUGCCAGCCACAUCACCAGGCGGCUGUCGGAGGAUGAUCGAGUGCUGUGGGCAGAGCAGCAGUAUGAGAAACGUCGCAACAAGCGAGCGUCCCUCGGUGGGUGCAGGGACUGCCCAGUGGAUAAGCUGUUUGAUGAUCCCAUGUGGAACCAGCAGUGGUACCUGCAAGACACGCGGACGUCCUCCUCGCUGCCGAAGCUGGACCUGCAUGUGAUCCCGGUGUGGCAGAAAGGCAUCACAGGGAAAGGAGUGGUCAUCACCGUGCUGGAUGACGGGCUGGAGUGGAACCACACAGACAUCUACUCCAACUACGACGCAGCAGCCAGCUACGACUUCAACGACAACGACCCGGACCCUUUCCCCAGAUACGACUCCACUAAUGAGAACAAACAUGGGACCAGGUGUGCUGGGGAGAUUGCUAUGCAGGCAGACAACAAUAAGUGUGGUGUUGGAGUGGCAUUCAACUCCAAAGUUGGAGGGAUUCGAAUGCUGGAUGGGAUUGUGACUGAUGCCAUCGAGGCCAGCUCCAUUGGGUUCAAUCCAGACCAUGUGGACAUCUACAGUGCCAGCUGGGGACCCAACGAUGAUGGCAAGACAGUGGAGGGCCCCGGCCGCCUGGCCCAGAAGGCUUUCGAAUAUGGUAUCCAGAAGGGCCGUGGUGGGAAAGGCUCUAUCUUUGUUUGGGCAUCAGGUAAUGGUGGGCGCCAGGGCGAUAACUGUGACUGCGACGGUUACACAGACAGCAUCUACACCAUCUCAAUCAGCAGCGCCUCCCAGCAGGGCCUGUCCCCGUGGUACGCUGAGAAGUGCUCCUCCACUCUGGCUACAGCGUACAGCAGUGGAGACUACACCGACCAGAGGAUUACGAGUGCUGAUCUGCACAAUGAGUGCACUCAGACUCAUACAGGAACGUCGGCGUCUGCUCCUCUGGCUGCUGGAAUAUUUGCCUUGGCACUGGAACAAAAUCCAGAUCUUACCUGGAGAGACCUGCAGCACAUUGUGGUCUGGACCUCAGAGUUUGAUCCUUUGGCCAAUAACCCAGGCUGGAAGAGGAACGGGGCAGGCCUGAUGGUCAACAGCCGCUUCGGCUUUGGUCUUCUUAACGCUAAAGCCCUGGUGGACCUCGCCGACCCGGCCACCUGGAAGCAUGUGCCUGAGAAGAAGCAAUGCAUCGUGAGGGAUGAUUCUUUCCAGCCCAGGGAGAUGAAAGCAGCAGGGGAGAUCACUAUAGAGAUUCCAACCAAAGCCUGUGCCGGGCAGGAGAACGCAGUCCGCUCACUGGAGCACGUGCAGGUGGAGGCCAGCAUCGAAUACACCAGGAGAGGGGAUCUGCACAUAACACUCACCUCCCCAGCCGGUACCAGUACAGUGCUGCUGGCUGAGCGAGAGAGGGACACGUCCUCUAAUGGCUUCAGAAACUGGGACUUCAUGUCCGUCCACACAUGGGGAGAAGAUCCUGCAGGCACAUGGACGCUAAAGAUCACAGAUACAUCAGGCCGCAUGCAGAACGAGGGUCGUAUUUUGAACUGGAAGCUGAUCCUUCAUGGGACCUCAGAAAAGCCAGAUCACAUGAAGAAACCUAGAGUGUACAUUCCCUACAAUGCUGUGCAGAAUGACCGCCGGGGCGUGGAACAUAUGGAUGACAUGAUGGAGGAGCCCACACAGGCCUAUCCACCUCCAAAGACUGAGACUGCACAAAACUCCCGUCCCUCCAGCCCAGAGAAGGAGCCCAAAAAGCCCUCAAAUCCACCCUACUCCCCCUCCCUGGCCCUGCUGCGUCUCCUUCAGACAGCCUUCAACAGGCAGACCCCCACCUUGCAGCAGCCCCUGACCGUAGCCAGGUCCUCCUCCACUUGGAAGAAGCAGCAGCCGGGCCGAAGCCUCUCCCCUCCUGCAACAAGACUCCCCCCUAAGAUGCUUUACCAGGCUCUGGACAUGAUCAACAAGUACCGAGGGCCCGAGGACAGUGUCUACAGUGACUACACUGAUGGCUUCUACAGCACCAAGCCGUACAGGCACCGAGAUGACCGACUGCUGCAGGCCCUGUUUGAGAUGAUAGAUGAAGACCGCAAGUGAAGGCCCGGAAGAGAGUGGAGGGAGGAGGAGAAGAAAGAUAUAAGAUCAGGGGGAAGCAUGGUUAUGUGUUGGUUGGGGAGCAGAGGAACAAGGCAAAGAGAGGAGAGAAAGCAGAGGGAUGGGAACGGGCACUGGAGGAGUGGAGGAGAGAAAUACAGGAAAGAGAACUCUUUCACUUGGUUGUUUUUCCCCCCCAAAAAUGCUGCAUAUUUAAUCUCUUUACCUUUGUUUGCCAAUCACCAUUCAUUAAUUAAUUCUUUCAUUUAGUCAUGUAAAAGUUCCAGUCCACAUGUGACUCAAAGCACGGACAUGAUUAGGGCCUCUCUGCUACAAACUGUGUCUCCAUGUAGUCAAUGUGAAAGCAUUUAAAUCAUAAGAAAGGAGGGGUAUGCCUUGUCUCUCUUCUCUUCACUGCCUGCUCAAGCAUGCCACCUUUAGACAUAUAAGUUUUGUAUUAGUAUCUAUAUAUUAUCUACAGUAUAUAUUAUACGAAGACGAUGAUUGUAAUAUGGUUUUGAAAACACUUGACAUCUAAAAUCCUCACUCUCAAAAUUCCAUUUUGUUUCUAUUUAUAUUUCAUGUCCUACACAGUUUUAUUUUCAAAAGGUUUCACACUGUAAUGGGACACAUACUCACUUAAAUCACUUUAGAGGACAUACUGAUCCUUAAAAAACUGACAUAAAGUCAUGAAAUUAGAGUCAGCAUACCUUCAAAAUGAAGCAAAAUUCUAAAUUGAUCCGCAAUUUGAACGGUUUGAACUGUGUUGACAAAAGAUUUAUUCUCAGGGUGUCAACAAAGCUCAACAGAGUAGCAAAAAAUAUAUUCUGGACUCUAAGUAUUAAAAGACAAAAUGUGAAAUAUAUAUUAAUAAAGUAUGCAGAUGAGACAAUACAGUUGUACCAAUACACUAUUAAAAAAAGAGGAAACACACCCUCUGGUAAUAAUUAACGACAGAUGGAACACUGGGAAGACUUUCAGUGGGAGUAGCGACACACUCAAAGUGGAAAAAUAACAGAAUAAUCUUCUUGUGCUAUUUGUUUAAUUUUGUAUAAGUACAAUGCUGCAUUAAAGGAAAUAUUUUUCUAAGGAUCCUCAUAGUUUAUGGAGAUAAUAUAUACAAUAUCGAACCCUUGAACAGUUUAUUUUCUUGUGGCGUAGUUCACUCAAUAACUGCAAAGUCAAUGUAGUUAUCACAACUACAAAUGAACACUGCCAAAAUCUUUGCUGUCAAAAAGCUUCCGAGUAUUUCAGUGAAUGUGCAAAUGGCUAACAUGUUGUUUGUUCAUCAUCUGCAAUAUGCCACCUUCAAACAGUUCCUUGAAUCCUGGACAGGUUAUCGCAUUACUUCUCUGGUAUUAUUUAUUUGAUAUUAAUGGAUUUAUCACACUCCAGAAACUGGCCAGAAACUGUAGAAUAGAGGCUCUGCACUGCAACCUUCAAGCACAUUCAUCUUGAACGCCUUAAUAUACGCUGUAAUAAAUGUGCAUACUCAUCUCCACAUGGUGUAGAUCAAUUUAGAGAUGCUAGUGUAAGUGUUUAUGACAUGAAUAGUUAUGAAUCCUCUAUGCAGAGUCUCUAUCCUGCAGCUUGGAACUGCCUGCCCCGCUUCUCUGCCAACAAGGUGACAGGAGAAAGAAGAUGUCUGGGACAACGCUUCACAUGCACCCUGUAAUUUAUCCAUUCUUUAGUGUAGCCCGUGCUGUUUCCUUUAUGUUUUUUGUUUUUGACUGACGCUUCAGUCCAAAGUUGUUUACACAAACAAAUAUUAUGUUGCAAUUUCUGUAUGGAUGUACAAAAAAAAAUUAUGAAAUUUAUCGUAAUAAAUUGCAAAGUGA